AUGCUGAAGUUAGCUUUGUUCGUUUGUUUCAUCGGAUUGGCGGUGUCCUACGACUUUAAGGAUCCAUUCUACAAUGAGGUACUGCUGGAGGACAUGCUCGACGAGUCGGUAGACAACGUCAUGUUGUCCCGUUUCCGCCGAUCGGCAUCGGACUCGCUGGACGAAAAGUGUAAGCGUCGGUACAAGUGCUGCAACGACGUGAACACGGAGAAUCUCGACAAGAUCAAGGAGGUUAAGAAGCAAUGCUUCACCGAGGUACGCAACAAGAACAAGGCUGAUAAGACUUACGAACCAGUUGAUAUGUUCUCUUGCGAACGGCUGAACAACACGAAGACGGAAGUUAUCUGUGCCAUGGAGUGUGUUGCCCGCAAGAAGGAAAUAUUGAAUGAAGAUGGCACCCUGAUGGAGGAAAAGCUUCUGGAAUUCACCCGAACCAACUUUGCCGCCGACGAAUGGCAACAGCCACUGUUGGCCGGUUUCAUCGAGAUGUGUCUGAAGGAAGCUAAGGAAAAGGUUGCCAAGAACCCUCGUGAACCUGGUCAAUGCAAUGCUGAAACGUCCAACUAUGGCUACUGCAUGUGGCGUCAGAUGGCUCUGGCGUGCCCGAAGGACAAGCAGGAAUCCACUAAACGGUGCGAGCGGAUGCGUGAGAAGCUGGCCAAUAACGAACCAAUCCACUACUACAAGGCUGAACUAGAUGAUUAUGCCAUAGUGCGCAUCACCCAACAUGGUUUAUCCCACAAGCAUUGCUAUUCCACGGAUACACCAGCUCCAAUCGUGGAACUACCCGGUCUGGGAAAACUGAAGGGUUCGUACACCAAAGGUGCCUGGUCCGGUGUUCCGAUACAGCAAUACCUUAACGUUCGCUACGCCGAACCACCGAUCGGUCAGAACCGUUUCAAGGCACCGAUACCAGUGCAACCGUGGGAUGGAGUGCAGGACGUUUCGCAACGUGGCCGACCGUCUCCCAAUUACAAUGAAAUCAAGAAAAUUCCCAAAGAACAGCAAACAGCCGAGCUGGAGGAUUGCAUUAGCCUGUGCGUCUACACGAAGGACCCGACUGCGAAGCGUCCCGUUGCCGUGUACAUUCAUGGGGGAGGAUUCUACAGCGGUUCAGCAGCACAACAUCCGCCGGAGUAUCUGCUGGAGAAGGACAUUGUACUCGUCGUACCGCAGUACCGGCUGGGAGCGCUUGGUUUCCUCUCAACCAUGAGCGAAAACAUACCUGGAAAUGCGGCCAUUAUGGAUGUACUGCUAGCAUUCCAGUGGGUCCAGCAGUACAUCUCACACUUUGGUGGCGACCCGGAGCAAGUGACGGCCGUUGGCCAAUCGGCUGGUGCCGGUAUCCUUUCUUCGUUACUCUUCAGCCCAGCCCUUAAGGAGUCGUACUUCCAACGAGUCAUUCUACAAUCGAGUGCGGCUUUUGGUAGCUGGCAGUUCGAUCAUAAUGGUGAGCGUAAUGCUCGCGACAUUGCACGCCGGGCCGGUAUCGAUCCGAAGGCACCACUCGAUCAGAUUGAUCAGUUUUUGCUCGAACUCGACACCUACUCACUGCUCAAAGCGUACAUGCAACACUACUGGCAAGGGUUGCCUAAGGGCAUCAACAACACGGGAGGACGUAUGACGAUCGGCGGUCCAUCGAAGCUCUUUCCGGCGACACCGUAUCAGGUGAUGAAGGCCGGCGGUGGUCGGCAAAACAUUCCGAUGCUUACGGGCGUAGUGAAGGACGAGGGUACGUUCGCACUAGUCGAUGUCUUCACUAUUCUGACCGCCAUGAAGCUACACGAUAAGAAGGAUUUCCUGCGCUUCGAUAUAAUUGAGGAAAUCCAACGGAUUCUCGGUACGGUGGAGGUUACCUGUUCCGUCACUCCGUUGGCCGUGAAAAGUAUGCUCGAUACGGAAGCGGCUGCGAAUGGUGACAUCGCAAAGAUGAUUCCUGGAUUGAUCGAUCUUUGUGGAAUGCAUCUGAUAAAGUCCAGUGUACUACGUUUGGCUCAGUACAACAGUAGACACACUCCGGAGCAAACUUUCGUCUACUCGUUCGACUACCGCGGUGAACAUACUCGCUUUGGUUAUGAUCAAGACGUACGCCAUGUUCCGUUUGAUGGCGGAGUGCAUCACACCAACGACUUGCUUUACCUGUUCCCUUACCCACCGAAUGCGGCCACUCUAAAUGAACGGGAUACGAUUAUGGCAAAGCGCAUGGUUGAUCUCUGGACAUCAUUUAUCAUCGAUGGUGUCCCCUCAUCACCAGACGUUCCCCAUUGGCCAGCAUUUAAUCGUAAGUUACGGAAGACACCCCUAAGCCAUGGCUUGGAUACAUCUGACUCAUGCAUUCCAGAAAUAUUCGGUCCCUAUCUGCAACUGAACGAAACGGUUACGGUUGGCAAUAACUUCUUGGACGAGUUCACGGUCAAUGCCGAUGCCGCACGGCAAAAGAGACAGCAGCGCACCCAGAAACCGACAACGCCCGGAAACGAUAGCGACACCUCAGCCCAUCGAAGCAGCUUAAGCCAACAGAAUCUUCCCCCACAGCAGCAGCAGCAGCAGCAACAGCAACAACAACUGGUCUAG